UAUUUAUUAUUCUCCCUUUGAAUUUAGCCAGAUUAAUUCACUAACAUAUUCAUAACUAUAAUAUUUUAACUAACGUGAAAUAAUCUAAAAUAAUAUGUUCCGAAAAAGAAACUAAACCAAAAGAAAAGAAGAAAGGGUCAAAGUUCAACAUAGCCAUUGCAUGUCCUGCGUUCGACGACAAUGGCUAAACAUCAUCCAGAUUUGAUCUUUUGUAGAAAACAAGCCGGUGUCGCUAUUGGAAGAUUGUGCGAGAAAUGCGAUGGAAAGUGUGUCAUCUGUGAUUCGUAUGUGAGGCCGUGCACUCUGGUGCGCAUCUGUGAUGAAUGCAAUUACGGGUCGUACCAGGGGCGCUGUGUCAUCUGUGGAGGUCCCGGGGUGUCUGAUGCUUACUACUGCAAGGAGUGCACCAUCCAGGAGAAAGAUCGAGACGGAUGCCCCAAGAUUGUAAACCUGGGCAGCUCAAAAACGGACCUGUUUUAUGAACGGAAGAAGUAUGGCUUCAAGAAGAGGUGAAGACAGGACAGUCCAACAUGCUUUGCUUCAGUUUUGUUGUUUUUACUUUUCUUUUUGUAAACAUGUUUUGACAAUACAAUAAAGCUUUUAUAUUAGUGCAA